UCACGAUUAGAAAAUUUCAACCACCUAUAUGAGAUCACAUUUUCUGUCUCAACUUAUGUACGAAUAACACUUAUCAUUCAGUUUAAAACAGAACCGCAGCCCGAUGAAAGAUACCACAACAUUUCGGGCAUUGCUUUAGGAAAGGCAACAACAUUAAACACAGAUAGUAGUGAGGUGAAAGGAGGAAUAUUUUAAUGAUUUAUGUCUUCAACAGGUAACAUUUCUUGUCAUACAUCAUUGUACAAAGCAGCACCACAUAUAGAUACACCGAUUAUCACUGAACUCAAACACGACGAAGCUGAUCUGAUUUCAUCCAUUGGAGAAAACACUAGUAAAACAACAUCAUCACAGCGAUAUCAACCAGAAACAAGUCAGGAAUCUAAUGAGCGUGACUCCAGUUACGACGACGUAUUAACUUUGCAUGUACCACAGUUUAGCGAAAACCUGUGGCAGAAAAAGCAUUCUCGUGGUUUAUUCAAGUGUAAUUCAUGUCACUGUUUGAAGUACAUAAGACGUAAAUUCCGUCUCAAUAAGUCAAACAGAAAUCAGGAAGGUGUGAUGAAGAAUAAAGCUACUCCUCUGUCAAAUAGAGCCCAUAAUGGUAAUCACCUGAGUUCGUUAUAUGAAAAUGAAGUCGACAUGACAACAGCACCUGCGGGCAAAAAGUCAAACAAAGUAAUAAAACGAGCUCAAAAAAUUAAUGAAACAUCAACUUAUUGUGAAGAUGUAGAUAAAAAUGAUGAAAAUAGUAUGCGUUGGACAACGAAUUUCUUGGCUGCAUUAAGUAUAUUUCUCAUUGUUAUUACAUUUCCAUUUUCCCUCGUCUAUUGCAUACGCAUCGUUGCCGAAUAUGAGCGCGCUGUCGUCCUACGUAUGGGUAAUCUAAUACCAAAAGGUAAAGGAACAAAGGGUCCUGGAUUAUUUUUUAUUUUACCAUGCAUAGACAGUGUACGGAAGGUGGACUUACGUACAGUGACAUUUGCGAUACCACCACAAGAGUUGUUAACGCGUGAUUCAGUGACUGUUUCGGUGGAUGCAGUUGUAUAUUAUCGUGUAUUGAAUCCAGUAGCUUCUGUGUUGAAUAUUGAAGAUGCGGCACGAUCAACUAGACUACUAGCACAGACAACUAUACGUAAUGUCUUAGGAACUAAAGAUUUAGCGCAGAUUCUUAUGGAUAGAGAAGAAAUAUCUGCAGCCAUGCAAUCCAGCCUAGAUGCAACAACAGACGCUUGGGGUGUUAAAGUUGAAAGAAUUGAGAUUAAAGACGUUCGUCUACCCAUACAGCUACAACGUGCAAUGGCAGCAGAAGCUGAGGCGGCUCGAGAAGCUCGAGCAAAAGUAAUUGCUGCUAAAGGUGAGCAAGAAGCAGCUAGGUCGUUGAAAGAAGCGGCCAAAGUUAUCUCUACUUCGCCAAUGGCAUUCCAGUUGAGAUACUUGCAAACACUGUGUGCAAUAUCAGCAGAAAAGAAAUCAACUAUUUUCUUCCCGGUACCAAUUGACAUCAUGCAGAACUUGGGCAACGUUUCUGGACCAACACUGGGACAGUUACUUGAUAUGCGGAAUCAAAAAACUGUGAAGAUACCUUCAAUGAGUAAACUACAAUGUCCUAAACGUAAUGAACUAAAAACUAAUGAGACUACUGGGCCAAUCUCUUGUCAUCCAAGUUUAACUUGUAGUCAGAAUGAAACGAAAGUUAUUCGUCAAAACUUACCGUAUUCAGCGCAGCAUAUUGCUGAACAACCUUGGCCUCAAGCAUUCGAUAUGAAUAGAGAAAUACAAGAAUCAAGUUGGGCAAAUGAGAAUGGAGACACACAUAGUGAUACAGUUUAAUUUAAUUGACUAAUGAUUGUACCCUGCAGUGUUUAUAAAGAGCGUCAAGCUAUUUCUUACUCAAAGUUAUUAGGUAUAAAGUUUAUGAUAAACUAAUUCCACACAUAACGAACAUGCCAAAGUAUUUUAAUAUUGCCUGGAUUUGAUUCAAGCACACUUAAAUGUUUCAACUAUGUGGUUUCUGCAUUCUGGCCAAAGAAAAU